AUGUCUGAUAUCACUCCGGUUUUCUCCAAGGACGCAGCGCCGCCUGCUGGACCUUACUCUCACGCCAUCAAGACGCCAACUGCCAUCUACUGCUCCGGCCAGAUUCCUUGUGACGUCAAUGGCAAUCUCGUGGAAGGCACCAUUGGCGAGAAGACGGCAGUUUGCAUCUCUAACCUAAAGGCCGUCCUCACAGCCGCCGGUUCCUCCAUCGAGAGAGUCGUCAAGGUCAACAUCUUCUUAGCUGAUAUGUCGCUGUUCGCCGACAUGAACAAGGAGUACGAGAAGUGGUUUACCCACAAGCCCGCCCGCAGCUGCGUAGCCGUCAAGCAGCUGCCCAAGGCUGUUGAUGUUGAGAUUGAGUGCAUUGCUCUCCCAUAG